UGAUAGCAUCGCAAUUCGUAGUUUGCUAAAAUUUUCUGCGUGUUUAUUUUUAUCUAAAAGUUUUUUCCCAUUAUUGAUGUUGUUAAAAAUUCUUCGAGUACUUUAUACAUAAUCCAUUUAUGCUUUUAUUAUGUUCUUGAAUUACCUACAAAGGCGUAACCUGUUUACGGUGAUGCCAAAAUGAUUAGUUAGUAGCUAUGGUUCCUUUGAGUGCCGUCGCCUCUAUUACAAGUGUUAAUGUUUCAAGUGAACAAAAAUCUGUAAUACAAAACAAUCAAAUGUUUUCAGUUGAAGAUUUGAUUGUUAAACCGACUAGGCUCAAGUGUGAUGAACCAAACUGUACAAAAGAGUUCUUAAGUGAAAGGAAGUUACUGCAGCAUAAAAACACACACAAGAAGGAAAGUCGAGUAACAAGGCCAUCUAAAUUGGAGUGUCCAGUGAAGUCUGAUAAUGGUGGGUCAAUGAAAGUGCCUUGCGGAAGAAUAUUUACAGAGAGAGCAGAGUUGAUUAAACAUCUAAAUGAAGAUCAUACUGCUGAAGAUGGAGCCUAUAAGUGCAAGGAGUGUGAACGGAGUUUUUUCUGGGCAGUGGGUCUGCGUGCCCAUCAGAGAUGCCACGAGACAGAUAGGUCAGUGACAUUGGUGUGUCCAUGGCCGGGCUGUGGCCGAGCAUUUCGUCAGCCAUGCCGCCUGCGAGAACAUUCACGGGCUCACACUGGAGACAAGCCCUAUCCAUGUACAUAUCCAAACUGCGGCUGGUCGUUCCGUACUGCGAGCAAGCUAUUGCGUCACUCACGGCGGCACACAGGCGAGCGCCGACACCCGUGCAAGGCCUGCGGGCGGGCCUUCCUCCGCCGCGAGCACAUGAAGGAGCACUUCGCGAGAUACCACGCCGGAGACCGCCCCGCCACCACCUGUCCCGUGCAAGAUUGCAAUCAUACAGUUACAAAUGCAAGUUCUCUAUAUGCUCACAUGAAAAAGGUGCACGCAAAUGAGGACAGAAAGCUAUUGAAGGCAGCUCUAUCUAAACACAAAGAAAUAAGGAAAAAGUUAAGGGACAACUUAAUGGUUGAUUCAUUGUGGGAGAAUCCGACUGCAGAAAUAGUUGCAGAUGAAGAAGUACCAGCCAAUCCAACAGAAAUGCCAGAGGAAACGGAGUUAUCAGACGCCAAGUUGUGCCUACCCUCAGAUCUGAGUGAUUCAGGGAGGGGUCGCAUAGAAGUAAAAGAAGAGCUGUUAAAUGUUGUGAGAUUGGAUGAUGGCCAUUCGGCGAGGACACAUUGCACUUGGCCACUACAGAAGGUUAGCAAGGAUUGUGCUGAGAGUUAUGAACUCGAGGAUUAUGUUUUGAAGAUUGAGGAAUUUGAAGGGUCAGACAGCAAUACAUAUAUGGUGCGUAGUGAUCUGUUUCUGCAUGGAAAUGUGUCGCACAAUGAUGACAGCAGGGAGAUGUGUGAAGCGGAAGAGGGCGAGGAGACGGGAGCUCGCGGGCUACUGCUGGCUGACUUGCCGCUCGACGCACCCUCUGUUGACUUGGACCAGGAGGAGCUGUACACCGAUCCAGUUGACGAAACAGCGUUCAGAGUAUUUCUACUCAGCGGUGAAGAUCUCCCAUUAUAAAACUGUCCUUCAUAACGAAGUUUUAUACUUGAGCGGCAAUAUAGUAAAUAGUUUUAGUAAUACUCAUCGUUGAUGUCUUGAAAAAUGUUUAUUUGCGUCAUUUUUAGGUUUUGUCUGUGUUAUUAUAAAAUUAUUACAAUUUCUCGCUUUUCUUGUUAACGUUAAAAAUGUGUUUAUAAGAGUCUUGGCUUUGACUUUUGUGAAAAGUGCGUGCAAUACUGAUUAUUGUCGAAGUAAAAAUGUUUUAUAAACCAAAUUAGAAAUGUUGAAAAUCGGUUUUGUAUUAUUUUUUUGUUAUUUUUUUCAAUUACACAUUUUUCUGUUUUCACCACAAAAAAAUCAACCUUGUAAAGCUUAAAAACACAUUUUUAACAAACAGUGGUAAACGACCUACCAGAAAAUAAAGCAGACCUAUUGAAAAACGCGUUUGAAGUAAGCAAUCACGCGAUCCUUGCAAAAUUAUCAUUACUGUAAAUGCAGUUUGAUCAUUAAGUCACUAUAUCAUAAGGUAGUAAAGGAUAGAUGGUAUCAAAGUGGUUUUUAAAUAUUUGUUAUUCAAUUUUACUUAUUAAGUUUAUUGUACUAAAGUAGGUUUUUAAUUGGAUCAGAAGUUAGUUAUGCUACAAUUUCUGUUGGGAUUGUUUUGUUACAUUACAAACAUACGCUUGGUCUCUGUGCAAUUUUACUUUCGUGUGUUGGAUUAGCACAAAAAUUGGCAAUAUUUUUACAAAAUUAAAUAAAUUUAUCUUGUCUUGCUAACAAUAAUUGUAUAGUUUUUAUUGGGACGUUAUCGAAUAUUUUGUAAUAUUAUUUGUGGGUGUGGUUCAAUGAUCCCCAGCGGCGGGAGCAGAAUUUGUGGAUUGUAAGUUGCGGUAUGGGUUUAAGGCAAGAGGAUUGAUGAAAGGAGCAAGGGCAUUAACCUGGAAGAUCACAUGGGUUAGGGAUGCUAUGCUCUGCGCAGAUGCAGCCUUUGUUUUUGUCCGGGACCUAUAUAUUAGUCGAAUCACUACUACUAUAAUAUUAUAUUAUCACUGUGAAUGCGGUGAUGCGGCAAGUUUAUCCACGAGGUCGAGGAUGCGGUGCCGUGCGAUUGUCACGAGAAUAGAAUAAUUAGUAACUAGUAGGUUCUUCCGGUUCCGUACGAAUACUUUCAGUCGGGUGCGAAUGAAGUCGAAAUAUUUAAUUGGCGCGAACAAUUAUUGGGAGUUAUUUAAAAUUUAAUGCAUGCUUUUAUUAUAAGACUUGAUAUUUUUUACUAUUGUAAGUUUUUUUGAAUAAUUAGAAAAUUGCGCACAACACGUUUCAUAAUUUAUUGAUGUGUAAUAUUAACAUAUUAAAUUAAACUUACAAAAAGUUGAGCACUGUGACCAAGUAUGUCUCGGACACAGAAGGAGAGGCAAUUUAUAAGAGCCGAGCGAACUUUACGGUGAUUGUAAACUUCUGAAUUACUUUUUACGACAAUCUUCUGAGUAUAUAUAAUAUUAUAUCCUUCUUGCACAGGAUGCCGUAACAUCUUAUGUCUCAAGGUGACGAGCGCAGUUAUAGUGCUGCUUAAAAUUUUUGGGUUUUUUCAAUAAUUCUGAGCGGCACUGCGUUGUAAUGGGCAGGGCGUAUCAAUUACCAUCAGCUAAACGUCCUGAUCGUCUCGUCCCUUAUUUACAUAAUUAAUUUGUUCUCGUUUUGAAGCGCUGGAACAAUCGGUCGACCAAGUCAAGUGAGAUGGAGUUUGAACUUUGGCUAAUUUGCAUUAGACUCUUAUACGAGACAUUUCGACUGCCCUUCAUCUUUGGCCACGCCCGCGAGAUAUCUAUCUUUUUUUUUGAUGAAUCAUUACAUAGAGUGACACCUAGCAAGCGUUCUAGUGAAAUUAUAUUAAACUAAAACUUAAUUAGCGCCAUAGUAAUUGGGUACUAAACUCUCCGGAUAUAAAAAAAAUGCCGGUACCUAUAGGUUGCGUUAUUUUUCGUAUUUGUUUUAAAUAUAUGUAUUUAGCAUGUAAAGUAACUAAGUUACAGAAUCUUAAUUAAGUAUACAGUAAUGGAACAUUUCUUUAAACUGGCAAUUUCGUUCGUAACUACUUGCGGUGGUAUCGGUGAUCGGUCGUGUCUGAACUGUUUAUUACCUCUUUUUACCAAUUAAUUUGCCAGGAGAGUACAGCAUUCUGUUGUCACUAUCUAUCGCAGUAAAAAUGACAGAGAAAGAUCAUGUGUUCAAUAUUGUUGUUGACGUCUAAAGGUCGGACCGCAUUAGAACGGCGCUGUGCAGCGCUGCGCAAUUCCGCGAUAAUGCGGUCCGGCUCUUAUCUUCUAAGAUACUCCUUGAAAGGAAAUGAAUGUAGCGGAUAUUAUAUUAUGAAGCAACAAACAUGUAUAUACUUUUAAUAUCGUGGAAAUUUGUAGAGAAAUAAAUGAUAUGGGUGUAAUAAAAUAUUUGUAAAUUUUUUUCGAACAAAUAAGUAGAUAUAACUGUAAUUAUAGGGAUGAUAAGUAAGUAAUGUUGUAAUUGUGGAGACUGGCAUCAAAGAUGGUAUCUACCUACUGAAUUGUUGAAGUCCCCGACUUCAACAAUUCAAAUGGGCUUAAAAUUCAAAGUAUUAAGAUUGUUUCGGUUACUUAACAUUUAGUAUAUACUUACGGUUAGACAUUAGAAUAUGAAGCUGAUAACUGUAUUCUGUUUUUAGAAUUGAGUGCAAUUACGAAAAAAGUAUAGAAUAUAAGAAGAGAUUUGGCACCCUAUUAUUUACAUGUACAGCAUCUACUAAUUACAUUUUGUGCAAGGUGAUGCAGGUAUCUCUCUAUUUAAGUAAGUAUAAAAGAAGUAAAUAAAUCUUAAACCUCAUAAUAAUUUUGAUCAGGUUCAUGCCACUACACCUCCUUACACAAAUCAAAUAAGUAAAGUUAUUGACAGUUAUGUUAAUAUUGUAGCAAUAUUAUUUAAAAUACUUUUUAAAUAUUUUAAACAUAAAGUUGAACAAUAACUUUGUUUAAAAGCAAUAGUUAGCCAUUAAAAACAAUACACAGAAACUCCCAAAAGUAGUCUUACUUCGUUUGUAUUUAUAUAUGUAUUAUAAUGUAUAAAUAAUGACAAUUUUUUGGAACCCAUACCCUAAACUUAUUGAUUUUAUUUAUAAAUUUAGCGUAACUAACAUUUGGCGUGCGAUCCACCCACUUUACGCUACCAUCUUUGCUUGCUUGCUCCACGAAACGUAAAAGUAAGAUUGCUCAUAUGACAUAAUAACAUACUUUAGUUUGGAGUUACUAAGAAUUAUUGAUCUCUAAUGCCUUAUUAAAUGUUAGUGUCUGUUAGUUUAGCUGAGCUAAUAUUAAUGGUGAGAGACGGGAGAUUGACACAAUAAGUACCUAUAUCUUGUAUGAAACUAUACUACUGGUAGCACUGUAAAACGCAGCUGUGCCAAAAUUUUCAAACUAAAUCUGACUAGAGCUGAGGCUCUGCUGAAUUAAUUCAUUUUUUAUUUAGAAACAAAGUGAGUGAUUUACAAUCAUUUUUCAAAGUAUAAUAAUUUCCUCCAGCCCGACAGAUAUCUCACAUCUCCGCUCUGCCGCGCUGCUUGUUCGCUCGGGCCACAAAAUCAAAGAAAAAUGAGACAUGUCUUCUGCUCUCCGCUUGAUCCAUUUCCACCGAGGCUAAACGGAGAGCAGAUGUGGACAUAACGAAAUAUGAUUGGUUAUCAAAACGCAUCUCCUCUCCUCUCCGCUUUGGUGGAAACCGGGCCUGAGCCGACGUGACAACAUGAUCUGUAAAUCUUUGUAUGUUUCUGUUCAAGUCUCGGGUUUUGUAUCAUCUAUAGGAUCUACUUUACAGUUGAUAACCUGGUCAACCCUCAUCAUCAUUAACAUAUCGGCCGGAAGACGUUCAUUGCUGGAUAAAGCACCCUGUUUUCAAAGUAUUUUUGGAUCCAGUUAAGCAAAAAAGAACAACUACAUACAUUUAUAGUUUUCGAGAAAAAAUAACGUUAAAAUUCGCGUUGUAAUUAACUACUGAUUUUGCAAAAAACAUAUUUUUUGUAAAUAAUUUCUUAUGUUAACUUAAUUUACUUAACAUGUUUUAUAGAUGUUCCAUAAUAAGGAUGUUGUAUAUCUGUGGGUUCAUAAAUACUUUUUGGGUAUGUAUAUGUCUGUUGUCCGUCACUCCAUCCGAUGCGACACCGACGGUAAGAAGAGUACUCGCUACUCCAUUCUGGUUCUUAUUAUGUAAUAAUUUUCAACAAAUUUCCCUAUUAAUAAAUGUAUACAUCGCCGCUGAAAGCGCUUCUCUUUUGUUAGUUGAGCGCAAGCGCCGACAGAUCCGUCUUCCCGCUCCUCACUUCCGCGCCACGCUUAGCGUGUAAUCCAUGCGUGUCGUAAAUAAUUACUUAACUUUCGGUUAAGUUACUAAGUAGUACAUUCACUUUUAUUUUAAAUGUUUUUUCUUCAUGUUAUAUGAUCGCGAAAUAUCACACCAUCGAGUAUAGUGUUGUUAGUGGCCCAACAGUUAUGACGUAGGUAUAAGUCCGUAAUAAUCAAAAAUAAAUAAAAAGCCUGUAGAUUCUUCAAUUAUUACUUUCCAACGUAAUCUAAUAAAUUAUUCUUUAUAUAGUUUAGUUGCGCAAUAUAUAUAUAUAUAUAUGUAUAUUUUUUGGUUAAAAAAAGUAUUUGUAUGACGAGGUUUAGACAUAAAAUUUACAGUGGUUAGAUUUAAAUAUUUUAAUUGGUUUGUUUUUCAUUUUCUGAACUAAGUAUAAGGAACUCAUAUUUUUAUCGAUGUAGUUUUUUAAUUAUAGUGUACAUAGGAAAAUAUAUAUUUUUGGAAAUUUAAACUAUAUGAUGGCUUAUUUUUCGAGACUGUUGUCCAUUAGGAAGUUUUGUUAGAAAAUAUACUGUAAGAUUGCUAUUUACUAUCUAUGUUUUUGAUUCUCAGCGAAAUGCAAAAUUUAUAAAAAAAAAUCGGAUACCCGCAAAUUUCAUGACUAAAGGUCGCUGCAUACGUAACGUGUACGGGACUGUGUUUAAACGUUGACGGGACGGAGAAGGAAUGUUGUAUAAUAAACAUUUACGGGAAUUUAUAAUGUACACCCACCGUGACAGUAACUCUGAACUAACGUGCUAGUGUUGUAAACAAGGAUUGAUUUGUAUUGAUGAUGAUGGAUUUUCUAUUUGAAGAAUUGUUAAAACUGAAAAUAAAAUUUUAUGAACGUUGCGGGACUCGAAGCCACGACCUCUCGCGUUCCGUGCAAGCGCUCUAACCAACUGAACCAACCAUUCGAGUUAAAUAUCGUAUAUAAAAUUUUGUAUGCUUUGGUCAACUCUCAGGUUGUGGCUUCAUCUACAGGAUCUACUUUACAGUUGAUAACCUGCUCAACUUCUAUAUUUGCAUAUUAGGAAAUUGACCCGAGAUGUUGCUCUUGCAAAUUUUAACAAUUUGUUAUGUUUUAAAGUGAUAACCCUCACUUCUGGGAUAAAUUAUACAAAUGAAAUUUUAAUGGUCGUGGGUUUGAGUCCCUCAUCGUUCAUAAAAUUUUGUUUUCAGUUUUAUUUGUAUAAUUAAUCCCAGAACUGAGGGUUAUCACUUUAAUAACAUAACAAAUUGUUGAAGAAUUGGCUUUAAUUGCUAUUGAUUUGAUGACGAAGAAGCUACGGCCAUAUAGAGGACUAAGAUAUUUUCUGUACAUCCUUUGCAACGAAUACGCAGCGGAGUCACGGACGGGACGGGCCACACGCGGGGCAAGACGUGCUAAAUUUCGUCGCUGAAGGUAUUUUUGCUCCCCCGUGCGUGUCACGCUUCUGUUCCGUCCAUGCAUUCGUGAGGUAUGCUCUUUCGUUUACAUUUUCUAUGAUACAAUAUUUACAAAACUUCAAGUCGCAUUCCGUCCGGAUAAAAACACGUUACGUAUGUAGAAUGCCUAAGUCUCUGUUUCAUGAUCCCUGCGCAUACUUUUGAUCAUUAAAAUAACCAUAAAUUGCCCUCUUUUUAUCUGAUCUCGUCCGACAAAGCAUGAUUCAAAUUAUUAAGUCGAACUUGCACACUUUUAAGUUCAUACAUUAUCUUCUCAAAUAAAUACUAAUAAAAAAUAUACUUACCAUAUGUAUAAAUAAAUUGUAAUGUUAACAUCUGGUUUCCUGAAAAGAGUGCACUUUCGACUUGGUUGCUUUGUAUGGACAUAAUAUGGAGGGAGUUAGGAUUAAUAAUCAUUAUUAUUAAAAUGAACAAAUAAUCCGUUAAAAUGUUUAUAAAUGAGCUUGAGUCUUAACAAAACAACCAUUUGCAAUUGGACGUAGUUCCUAAAAAACGUCCCAAGCUACAAACAUCACAUUUUAAUGGAUUCGUGUUUAAAGUUCAAUAAAUAUUAGUGUAUUCCAUACAUAUGGGUUGGGCUACUAAGUCAUGAUGUCAUUUAAAGAGUGACAAUAGGGCUGCCAUUUUUUGUCAGUCCGUUAAUAAGAAUCACGUGACCAGUUUUGUGUUCUUAACUCAAUUUCGACAUGAUUGUGGUUUGGAACGUUUUUCUGGAAUUACUUCCAAUUUACGUAAUAAAUCGUGCUGACAGCUUGUUAUAUUAAUUAUUGUGUUAUUUUAUUUAUGUUGUUAUUUAAGCCUAGAGUACUUGACGCUGUGUGCUAUCACUUGUGUUAGCACAGUACGGACUCACUAAGUCAAUCUAUAUUAACCACAUAUCAUAUUUAAGUCUUGUUGUAAUCCUAUUGUAUUUUGGUUGCUUUGUAUGUAAUGCAAUAAUAUUUAAAAAUAAAUGUUUUCCUGAUCAAA